AUGGGAACGUGGCACGGCCUGCGCGUGGCGUUUAUCCUGGGCUCUUUCUUCGUGAUCUUGCUCAUCAUCGCCUACUGGGACGACGUGGGUGGCUUCAACCUCUACCCUCUGCGGGACCGCAAACACGAGCGUUGCCCUCAGACUGCCACGGUCCGCUCGCAACCGCCCCCCACCCUCCCAUCAUCCUUUGCGGGAAUAUCCAGCACCACGUGGGCCAACAGAAGUGUGCUGCAGCCGGGAAGAGAGGAUGAGAAUGGGGAAGAGGACGAGAUUCAGGAUUUGGACGGAAGCCUAGAGCAGAUUGCGAGGAAGCGGAGGAUCUCCGAUGUGUGUUCGGGGACGGACUUUCCCGGAAGGACCCGUGCAUUUGAGCAGAUCCCAAACAGGGAGUUGGACCACCUGAUAGUCGACGACACGCAUCAAAUCAUCUACUGCUAUGUUCCCAAGGUGGCGUGCACCAACUGGAAGAGGGUGAUGGUGGUACUGGCCCAGUCUCUGGUCUCGCCCGUCUCAGGAAAGCCUUACACUGACCCGGAGUUGGUUCCUCCGGACGUCGUACACAAUUCCUCGCUUCACCUCACUUUUGCCAAGUUCUGGCGCCAUUAUGGUUCUCUAUCCCGCCACCUGAUGGCGCUCAAGCUCCAGCACUACACCAAGUUCCUGUUUGUACGGGACCCCUUUGUCCGCCUAAUUUCAGCCUUCAGGAACAAGUUUGGAAGGCCCAAUGAGGACUUCUACCGCCAGUUUGGCUCUGUCAUUCUGCGUCGCUACGGCAACCUAUCAGAGAGUUUGCCGGAAACGGCGGCUGAGGCUUUUGCGUCUGGGAUCAAACCCACCUUCCAGCAGUUUGUUUCGUACCUGCUGGACGAGGAGACGGAGAAGGAGAGUGUCUUUAACGAACACUGGCGCCAGGUUUACCGUCUCUGCCAUCCAUGCCAGGUGAAGUACGACUUCAUCGGGCGACUGGAAACGCUGGAGACGGACGCCGAGCAUCUUUUGAAGCUUUUGCAAGUGGAUCACCUGCUGCGGUUCCCCUCUGGGGCGAGAAACCGAACGGCGGCCAGCUGGGAACGGGACUGGUUUGCCCAAAUUCCUGUUUCAAUGAGGACAGAGCUGUACAAGCUUUACCAACCAGACUUUGAGCUGUUUGGCUACCCCAAACCUGACAGCGUGCUACACCACCAGUAGGGCCAAGACCCCCCGAUAAAAAAAAAAAAAAGCCUUCCAAGACAUGUCUGCAAUGCUGUUAGAGCAAAUACCUCAUGAGACGACAAGUGCCUGCCAGUAUUAUUUUUGUAUUUCCGUCUCAGCUGUCACUUCAAAGCUACUCUUACGCUUCAUUUGCCCACGUUAAAGCACUUAAAUGAUGGGCGGGUCAGGGUUUGAUUGAUUGAUUGAUUGAUUGAUUGAUUGAUUGAUUGAUUGAUUGAUUGAUUGAACUUUAUUUAUCCCACAGUGGGGAAAUGUUCUUGUCACAGCAGCGUACAAGAAACAAGUGCCAAAUGUAAAAAUGGAUAAACAGGAUAAGAUUUUAGGAUAAGAUAUAAGAAUUUAUUUUGCUGGGUAAUAAAAAUGCGAUUGCAAGAA